UAUAACAAUGUAUCAAAAUGAUGUAUCAAUUAUGAGAUACUUUUAAAAAAUUGACUAUUUUAUUUUAGAUGUAUUACUCAGUAGAGCUGUUAUCAGCUCGCCGUAGAGGCAAAUUUGCAAAAUGCUGGUUUGCUGCAACAUUAAACGAGAAACUCUUUCUAAAGAAAUUUAAGAGUUCAUCAAUUCGAGAUACUGAUCUCAUUGCUGUGUGCGAUGAGAUAUUAAGAACUAUCUGCACCGCAACUAACAGGCGUGCACAAAGAUAUAGCUUAUAUUUGUCAUCACAACUAAUGUAUGGAGUUGCAAAAAUACACUAUUACCAGAUAAAUAUAUUUCAAAAAGAACUCUUUGAACUUAGAAUAAAAUUGGAGCGUGUUGAAAUAACUGAUGGGAGUCCAAAGAAAAAAAGACGACUGAAUUUGAGUGAGAUUGAAGAAUAUACUGUACCAGAACCUCUCACAUUGAACUUAGUUUUUAGUGAUAUAAAUGAACAGGAUUUCCAUACACUUCGGGAGGAUUUAGGUAUCAAUGCCAAAUUACAAAAUUUGGUAAGUACUAUUAUAUGCGAAAGCAUGAAAUCUUUAAGAACUGCUGAAUAUAUACUAUAUGCUUUGCAUGUGUUUAAUUCAUUUGGAAUGAUAUAAAUCUUGUAUCUUUAUUAUACAGAUGCAAG